AUGUCCUGCUGCAAGCCCUGCAACCCUUGCUGCCAGCCCUGCGGCCCCUGCCCGCUGGCCAACAGCUGCAAUGAGUGCUGUGUCAGGCAGUGCCAGGACUCCCACGUGGCCAUCCAGCCCUCACCUGUGGUGGUGACCCUGCCUGGCCCCAUCCUCAGCUCCUUCCCACAGAACACCGUGGUGGGAUCCUCCACCUCCGCUGCUGUUGGCAGCAUCCUCAGCAGUGGUGGAGUGCCCAUCAGCUCCGGGGGCUUUGACCUCUCCUGCAUCACCAACUGCUAUGGUGGCAGCAGAUGCCGUCCCUGCUAAAUCUGCUGGCAGUGUCCUUGGGCAAG